CUUAUUAACCUUGUUUUUACAAACGAUGCCAUUUCUAAUUAAAUUUGUUGAAAAAACAAAGCUUAAUCAUCAGUUUCUUCGGAUCUCAACUUUCAGAGAGAAAGAUAUUUUGGCCGUCCGGCAUGGGUUGCCGGCUUAUGUCCGGUGUAUCCGGCUUUGUUCACGGUCUCCUCCACAGAUCGAUCGACGAAGGAGAAGAAAGACGAUCAUCACCACCACCACAGCAAGCAUCGGAAGAAGAUCAAGAUGUCGUCGAGGGAUCAAGUUAAGCCGUCGCACAUUCUGAUUAAGCAUCAGGGAUCUCGUAGGAAGGCGUCGUGGAAGGAUCCGGAAGUUGUGCAGAUAACUGCAGAGGAUGAAUCUGGCAUACAUGUCUGGGAUCUCCGGAAGGCCAAGGUUCCUCUCCAAGUGAUUCCUGGUCAUGCAAACUGGACAUGGGCUGUCAAGUGUAAUCCUGAGUAUGAUGGACUGAUUUUGAAAACACAGAGCGCUGGAACAGAUUCGGCUGUCAACCUGUGGUAUGCUUCAGCAUCAUCCAGUGAUGACAAACCCUCACAAAGCCCUGUGGAAUCCAUACGUCAGCGUUUAAGCUUCUGAGAGGAAACUCACGAGGAUGAUUCAAAGCUGCCUUCAAGGUGGAUAAUUGUAGAUGGUGACACAACUUCAAGCUUCUGAGAAGACUGAUUAUUAAAACUUGGAGAAGUCGAGACUACAGAAAAGAAAAAGUAGCAAGCGAAAGGAAAAGGAGAUCUGACUAAGUGUAGCAACUACAGUGAUAGUAAUUUAAGUUUUGGGAUCCGAGACUUGUGUUAUGUAUAAACUGCUAGUUGGUUUAUGAAAUGAUGUAUUUCUUUAAGAA